AUGGCAUUCGGAAAGCUCUACACCGGGCCGGGCAACCCCCGCUCGACGGCCAUUCUAGCCGUUGCGAAGGCCAACAACCUCGACCUCGAGACCGUCGAUGUUGACACGACCAACCCAACCCCAGAGUACCUCAAAAUUAACCCUCUUUCCAAGAUCCCGACGUUCGUCGGCGCCGAUGGUUAUACUCUGUCCGAGUGCAUUGCCAUCGCCAUCUACGUCACCUCCCAGAACGAGAAGACAACCCUCCUCGGAAAGACCAAGCAAGACUAUGCUUCUAUCCUGAAAUGGAUGUCGUUCUUCAACUCCGAGGUGCUUCCUAAGCUGGGUGCGUGGUACCGCCCCAUUCUCGGCAAGGAUCCCUAUGUGAAGAAGAGCGUCGAGGACAAUCAGAAGGCUGCCCUCAAGGCCAUCUCUGUCGUUGAGGCGCAUCUCCUGAACAACACGUACCUCGUCGGCGAGCGCAUCACCCUCGCGGAUCUUUUCGCCGUUGCCCUAAUCUCGCGCGGCUUCGAGUACUUCUUCGACAAGAAGUGGCGCUCUGAGAACCCUAACGUUUCUCGUUGGUUCGAGACGGUUUACAGCCAGCCUAUCUACUCUGCGGUCGCUGCUCCUUUGUCUCUUCUUGAUACCCCCAAGUUGACAAACGUUGCCCCCAAGAAGGUGGAGGCUAAGAAAGAGGCUGCCCCCAAGAAGGAGGCCAAGAAGGCUGCCAAGCCUGCUGCGCCCGCUGAGGAGGAGGAUGAUGCGCCUGCAGAGCCCAAGGCCAAGCACCCCCUCGAGCUUCUGCCCAAAGCUAUCUUCCCUCUUGAUGAAUGGAAGCGCCAGUACUCCAACAAGGAGACACCAGAGGCUCUCAAGUGGUUCUGGGAGAACGUUCCCUUCAACGAGUACUCGAUCUGGAAGGUUGACUACAAGUACAACGAUGAGCUCACAAUCACCUUCAUGUCGAACAAUCUAAUCGGUGGCUUUAACACCCGCCUGGAGGGAUCCCGCAAGUAUCUCUUCGGAUGCGCGUCGGUUUAUGGCGUCAACAACGACUCAGUGAUCCAGGGUGCCUUUGUCAUCCGGGGCGACGACUACAAGUCUGUGUUCGACGUCGCUCCCGACUGGGAGAGCUACGAGUUCACCAAGCUCGACCCGACCAACCCCGCAGAUCGGGAGUUCGUCGAAGCUCAAUGGACCUGGGAGAAGCCCGUUCUCGUCAACGGCAAGGAGUACGCUCAUGCUGCUGGCAAGGUCUUCAAAUAA